AUGUCCUUAGUCCCAAAUAAUUAUGGGCCAGGAUCUUACAUUGGUCCUAGUGUUGAUGAUGUUUCAAGUUUCCAGUCACGACCGAUACGAACACCCUCACCUACGCCUUCUGAGCUCAUCGAGGAGAAGCAGCCUUUCCGCCUCAUAAACUGGAAGGUGGUGGCAAAUUACAGGAGUUGGUUUACUAGGAGAGCCAUUCCAUGGAUUAUUGCUGGCGCCGUAUUUUUUACCAUCAUCAUCCUUAUGUCCGUCUUUCACCGUCAAAUCGUGGAUUGGUUAACGCCAUUUUCAAGAGAUUUGAAGAAGUUACCUGCUGGAUGGGUUAUUCCGAUCAUAAUUCUAUUUGUCCUAUCCUUCCCCCCUCUGUUUGGCCACGAAAUUGUGGCUAUCCUCUGCGGUGUUGUUUGGGGGUUGUGGGUGGGCUUCGGGAUUGUCGCUGUCGGCACGCUCCUUGGUGAAAUUGGCAACUUCUAUGCGUUCCGAUAUCUCUUAACCAAGCGGGGUGAAAAGCUUGAACGAACGAAUCUCAAGUAUGCCGCCUUGGCUAAAUUAAUCCGCAGGGGUGGUUAUCUGAUACCUAUCGUUGCCCGUUUCUCGGCGAUUCCUGGACAUUUCACUACUGCCGUUUUCUCCACAUGCGGAAUGAACAUUUGGGUCUUUAUUGUUUCCGCCACGGUCUCAUUGCCAAAGCAGUUAACGACAGUUUACCUUGGUGUCAUUAUCGAGGAAUCCAGCAGCAACACUCAAUCGAAGAAAAGCAAAAUCAUCUCCGAUACAGUCCUCAUUGUAUCGAUACUCAUUACCAUUAUCGCUGCAUGGUGGAUAUUUCGUGAGAUGACCAAGGUCAAACCGGAAGUUAUGAGGGAUAUGCGGCGCCGUCGAGCGAUGCAGAAAUGGGAAAUAGAGAAUAGUAGUAACAGCACUGAUCGUUUGGCGUUGCACGCAUUCAAUGCGGAUGACUCCGAUGAGGAGCGCGAGGCAGGGAUGCGACAACCUGUACCUUUGCGCAUGGAAAGCCAGCGAUACGAUGUGGACGAACCGCUACAGACCAAUCAACUCUACGACCCAUCUCCAAUCGCUGGUAAGGUUAGAUUUCAAGAACGCGCCGGACGUCAGAGUGGCGAGGACUUGACUUGGGACCCCGCCAAUGACGGCGGCAGUACCGUUUAUUCGCUCAAGCCUCAAUAUGUGGCCCGCAAUCAAACGUCUGACCUGGAGGACCAAAGCACCAGUACACCUCUAUAA